UUGUUUUUAAAUGCAAACUCUUAUACCUCAAGGCAAGUUCCUCAAAGCAGAUAUAGGAAAGGAGAUAAAAUGAAUACUCUUCCAUCCUAUGAAGGUACUCACAAUGAAAUGAGAAGAUCAACUCAACAAGUAGAGACAAGGAACCCAUACUGCUACUCAGAGGACAGGAGCCUCUGGCUAGAGUCCACUAACCGAGACGUAGGCAUCCUACCUGGAUCUCCCUAUGGGGCUGAAGGACAAGAAGAGGGCGAGAACGCAUGUUUGAUCUCCUGUUGCUGGAAAUGUUCCAUUUAGAUAUAAUAUGCUUUUUCUGCUUGCUCAAACAUCAGUUCCAGCUUCAGCCUUUUAACUUGUUUUAACCUUAAAACCUGCUUUGAAAUGAAGUUUGUAAGAAGACAGUUUGGUCAUUUCUAUCUCAUGAAUCUGACAAAACGGAACUUCUGAAAACUUUUAGCAAUGAUUCCAAUUAAUUCAUGGGCCUCAGCUCUGAAGAACUAUGUGUAUUUAAAAGUCAAAUUAAGCUUUGGUUUCUAGUGGCAGUAAGAAAGAGGACUGAUGGAAAUGAAAGAAGAAACACCUCUGACAUAAGAUUCUGGCGAGAAUGAGAAAGAGAGCAUGGGUAAUGUGUGACGGCAAUACUCCUAUUGAUGAAGACUCCAGAGGAUUCUAGUACACCCACCUGAGAAACGGCACCACACUUCACUGUUUUGUUUAGUUUUAGUCCAACUAAGCCCUUGCUUGCCCAAAGAAGCCAGUGAGUUCUGUUGUGGCAUGCCAUGGGCUUUGCUGAGAGAAUUUGACAUUCACAGUUAACAACAGCACAUAUCUACUAUUCUACUUUUAUUCUUCCCUACUCCUUGCCUUUUCCUAUAUUUCUCUCCAAGCUACCAUUGCAUCCAUUCAUCCCUUUUCUGCCUGUGUUUUCCCCAAGAUCAAUUUCCUUCCUACCCUUUCCAGAACUCCUUGCUCCAGAUGUGCUCAGUCCCUUCUACUUGCCCUGAAAUUUCUAGCUUUAUGAACUCAUUCUGGCAGCUGCACUUUCCGGACCCGUCUCCUGUUCACCUUGAAUGCCCUAGCCCGGUUCUAAACUCCUCCCUACAUGAAUCCAAGGUCCACCCCUUUGUCUUCCUUCCCAGAACAUUCUCUCCCAGCCUUUCCUAGGUACAGUUACUGCCUAGGAUUCUACCAGCGUCUGCAGAUCUCUGUGGUUAGAUCCCUCAGGCUGAUUCCUCCCUGGGACCUGCAAGACUGCCAUUGCAGCCCGGGUUUGAUUCCUCCGUCCCUCUUGGAGUGCCCGGCAAGCUACCGAGAGUAUCCCACCCGCACGGCAGAGCCUGAUGCUUUAUCCACCAAAAUGAUAUUCAACGUGGCAGUCAAUUCUGGAGAUCUGAGCACUUCUCUCAUCGUUUUUGUGGUAGUGUUUGUGAUCGUGAGAGCACUGGGGAGCAAGGGUAGAAAGCAGGGCUUCCCUCCGGGACCACGCGCGUUGCCCAUCCUCGGGAAUCUCCUCCAGCUCGGAGACUACCCUUACCUCACAUUUAUGGAAAUGAGAAAGAAGUACGGGGAUGUCUUUCUGAUCAGACUCGGCAUGGUGCCUGUCGUGGUGGUUAACGGAAUGGAAACAGUGAAGCAAGUAUUAUUGAAGGAUGGAGAGAAAUUCGCAGGCAGACCGAAAAUGCACACAUUUUCCUUCCUGGCAGAAGGCAAGAGUCUUUCAUUCUCAGUCAACUACGGAGAGAGUUGGAAACUGCAGAAGAAAAUUGCCUCUAAUUCUCUAAGAACCUUUUCUAAAGCAGAAGCAAAAUCCUCCUCCUGCUCUUGCUUACUGGAAGAGCAUGUCCUGGAGGAAGUUUCUGAGCUCAUCAGCAUUUUUGAAAAGCUGACUUCCGAAAACGGCAGCUUUGAUCCCAGAAACGCUAUCACCUGUGCCGUAGCCAACAUUGUCUGUGCCCUUUGCUUUGGCAAAAGGUAUGAUCACAGUGAUGAGGAGUUUCUUAGAAUAGUGAAGACGAAUGAUGACAUUCUCAAGGCAUCCAGUGCAGCUAAUCCUGCUGAUUUCAUACCAUGUUUCCGCUACCUUCCAUUGCCCAUUGUAAAUGGUCCCCGGAAGUUUUAUCGGGCCUUGAAUCAAUUUAUUUCACUACAUGUACGAGAUCAUUACACUACAUAUGAUAAGGACCACAUCCGAGACAUUACUGAUGCUCUUAUUAGUACGUGCCAAAACAAAUAUUCUUCAAAAAAAGCCACUUUAAAUGAUGAUGAAGUUAUCAGCGUUGUGAAUGACAUCUUUGGAGCUGGAUUUGAGACAGUAUCAACAUGUCUAUAUUGGAGCUUUCUUUAUUUGAUACAGUAUCCAGAAAUCCAAGUCAAAAUUCAAGAAGAAAUUGGUGCAAAAAUUGGACUGAAAUCACCCACAUUUGAAGACAGGAAAAUUUUACCCUAUACAGAAGCCUUCAUUACUGAAGUAUUCAGACAUGCUUCCUUUAUUCCUUUAACCAUUCCUCAUUGCACUACAGUAGACACUACUCUGAACGGAUAUUUUAUUCCCAAGAAAACUUGCACCUUUAUCAAUAUGUAUCAAGUAAAUCAUGAUGAAUACUUAAAAAUGUCGAUGGUAUCAGAAUUCCUCAAGCAGGCCUGGUUUAUUGAUAAUGAAGAGCAAGAAUACAUUAAAACUGUAAAAGGGUCCAAAGGUGGCUCUGGGUCUGCAGUGUACCCCUACCCCACCUUUAAUCCAUCCUCAGAUGUUGAGGCUUUGCACAAAGCAAUAACAGUUAAAGGUGUGGAUGAAGCAACCAUCAUUGACAUUCUUACUAAGAGAAAUAAUGCACAGCGUCAGCAGAUCAAGGCAGCCUAUCUCCAGGAAAAGGGGAAGCCCCUGGACGCUGAUCUAAAGAAAGCCCUCACAGGUCACCUUGAGGAAGUUGUCUUGGCUCUCUUAAAAACUCCAGCUCAGUUUGAUGCUGAUGAACUCUAUGCUGCCAUGAAGGGUGCUGGAACUGAUGAAGAUACUCUGAAUGAGAUCUUGGCAUCAAGAUGUAACAGAGAAAUCCGAGAAAUUAAUAGAGUCUAUAUGGAAGAACAUAAGAGAGAGCUGGCUAAAGACAUUGCCUCAGACACGUCUGGAGAAUAUCGGAAGGUUUUGCUUUCUCUAUGUAAGGGUGACCGAUCUGAGGACGUGAGCCUAAAUGAAGACUUGGCUGACACUGAUGCCAGGGCCUUAUUCGAAGCAGGAGAAAGAAGAAAAGGCACCGAUGUCAAUGUCUUCAGUACCAUCUUGACCACCAGGAGCUAUCCCCAUCUUCGCAGAGUCUUUCAGAAGUACAGCAAGUACAGUGAGCAUGACAUGAACAAGGUACUGAAACUGGAGAUGAAAGGUGACGUCGAAAAAUGCUUCCAAACCAUUGUGAUGUGUGCCACAAGCAAACCAAGGUACUUUGCUGAGGAGCUUCACCGUGCCAUGAAGGGCAUUGGGACUCGUCAUAAGAAAUUGAUCAGAAUUAUGGUUUCCCGUUCUGAAAUCGACAUGAAUGAUAUCAAAGUAUACUAUCAGCAGCUGUAUGGCAUCUCUCUUUGCCAAGCCAUCCUGGAUGAAACCAAGGGCGAUUAUGAAAAAAUUCUGGUGGCUCUGUGUGGAGGAAACUAAAUAUCCCUAUAUGGUCUUAAACAUUUAAUCAGAAGAUUUUUUCACCAUUUUUGUUAAUUCUGUACCUUAGGCUUAAGUAGAAUCCUUUGCAGUAGAAAUAGUUUUUUUAAUUGCUUUCUGAAUGAAAUAUACAAUAUUAUUAGAAAAAUAUUAGUAGGAAUAAAUUUUAUAAAGUAUAUUUAUCCCCAAAUAUAAAGCUGUAAGCAACUUGCUUUAGCAAUAUUUCUGAAGAAAGGUGUUUGUGUUACUAAAAAUAAAAAUAUUUU